AUGCUGACACCUUCAGUUAAGAUUUACCCGACGAGCCUUCAAACUUCUUCAACAGAUCACUUGCUCUGGGGUUCUACAAUGGCAUCAAUAGAGACCGAGUCAAAUGGCGAGUCAAGCCCCACUGCGACGUCCUCGAUCAUGACAAAUUUCCAUCACGUCGGCCACUUAUCUUCAUCGACAAUUGCAUUCUCCGUCUAUGACCUUCCCUCUGAAGUGGAAGCAAAGUCAACUGCAAAAGCCCGAAAGCAUGCCAAAGGAAACUCAAACGUUUUGACAGGAGACUUCAUACGCUUCCCCAAAUUCCCGGUAGAGCUUCAAUUGAUAGUCUGGAACUUUUCAUUGGAGCCACAUACUGUGGAGAUGAAGUUCUUGAACCAUAUCUGGUCCGAUCAGUUCGACUUCCUUUCAACUACUCCUGCAAUCAUCCAGGUGAACCGCAAAGUCCGCCAAGAAUUCCGAAAGAAGUACAGAGUUCUUUUCGAACAUAAAAUGUCCCGUGCACCUGCCUACUUCAAUUCUGAUAUUGAUAUCCUACAUAUCAGAUCUGAAAUACGACGUUCUCCAAUGAGCUCGAAAACCCCCUUAAUCAACAUUAUGCAGAUCGGUCGGACUAUUUGCCACAUGCCCAACAAGAGCGAUGUUCGACAUCUAUCUGUCUCGCCGAGCUUCUUCCCCUACAACUGGUCUAUAUUCCCUUCCCUUCUUAUGUUCAACAACUUGAAGACGGUCACGAUGUCUUUUGUUCGAAGCAGGCAUGAUUGCAAGCAUAACUCAAAACUGUGGACUUCUGCACACGGUCGCUCUUACAUCUCUGCUGCGCAACCCCACGAGGACGAAGCAGUCCAGUGCUGCCGAGACCUGAUAAAGGAUUUCGAAGAUCGAUUGAAAGCUGGCGAAUGGGGCACACCUGUCUGGAAGAUGCCCAAGUUCAUAUACAAAGGCUCAUGCCUCGAUAUGAUCCGCUCCAGCAAGAUGUUCUGCGGGUCACAACGUUUGGAGAAGGCCAAGAGAAAGAGAGAUGCCGAAGAAGAAGAUGAUUGGAAGUAUAAUUACACUUCAGUCCAGAUACAAAAGAUGAUAAAGGAUCGGGAGAAAAGACGGAAGAAUGAGCACCGAAAUGCAGAGAAGGAGGCUGCAAAAGAUAUGUCUUGGCUACCCGGUCACAUCAAAGAUCUCCAGGCAACUAACUGGAAAAACCAUCGAAUUAUUUUGGCUGCGCCAAGGAAAUCUAUGAGCAGCAAGAAAUCAGUUCGAUGA